AUGCCCAGCCACGGUGCAUCAUGCAAUAACUGCGGACGCACGGGUCAUUGGCCCCGCACUCAGAAAUGCCCUGCUAAGGAAGUUCAGUGCAAGACCUGCCAGAAACAGGGACAUUUUGAGAAGAUGUGCAGGUCGACCAAGAAAAGUCAGACUGGGUAUACAGCUUCACCUCCUCCUAAUAAGUCAAAUCCCAGCUGCCGUUUCAUGGGUAAUAACUUGGGUAGGCGAGAUCCCCCACACCACACUGUCUCUCUGUUAUUGGCGAUAUAUUCAGCACAACUCCAGCUAAUUCCCGAUACAGGAGGCAGACAUCACAGUGAUUGGCACCAUACAUUUGGAUGCACUCCGCAUACCUCGGACAAGGCUCGAAUCUCCACCCAUGACAGACGUUGUGACAGCAGAUGGAUCCCCCAUGACACCGGCUGUAGGAUGCUUCCAGGCAACACUUCGUCUUGGCAACAAGUCUUGCUCAGCAACCAUCAUGUUCAUGAGGAUAUCCAGACUCCCUCCUCUCCCGUGAACAUUGCCGAGCUCUCGCCAUAG